AUGGUGAUUCUCAGUUUGAGGAGCUGCGGUUUGUCAGAGAACAGCUGUUCUUCUCUGGUCUCAGCUCUGAAGUCCAACCCUUCUCUCCUGAAACAUCUGGACCUGAGCUGGAACCGUCUGCUGGAUUCAGGAGUUGAGCAGCUGUGUGGUUUUCUGGAGAAUCCACUCUGUCAUCUGCAGACUCUGAGGUUGUUGAGCUGCAGUUUGUCAAAGAUUAGCUGUUCUUCUCUGGUCUCAGCUCUGAAAUCCAACCCCUACCACCUGAAGGAGCUCGACCUCAGUGACAACGACCUGCAGGAUCCAAAUGUGCAGCAGCUGGUUGAUCUUCAGCAGAGUCCAGACUGCAGUCUGCAGACUUUCUGGUGGUGGCGAGAUGAGAGCAAAGAGAACUCUGUUUGUCCUGAAGAUGUAAUGACAGGAGAGAAGAUGCAACAUUAUCUGAAGAAGCUGUGAGAGUCCAGCAUCAAACCACGGUUCCAUGGAUGUGACUCAGAAUCAUCACAGUGUUUGGACUGAAGAUUGAAGUCUUAAAGUCCAGCUCCAGUUUUUUUCUUCAGUUUUAUUCUGCUGCUGAUUGUGACUCACUGGUUAACAGGAGAAUUUCAAACUGGCUUCCAUGUUAAAAAGGUUGCAGACCUCUUCCAGACAAAGACAGAUUGUGUUUCACUCCAUUAAUAAGUUCUG